ACAUGGAGAGCGCGGGGCUCAUGUGACCACCCCUCCCCUCUGGUCACGUGUGGGCCGGUCACGUGAGAGCGGGCGGACAUGGCGGCGCGGCGGCUACUCCCGCGGUGGGCUGUGUCGCUGCGGCCGGUCAGCGCCGCGGCGGCGGCGGCCGGAGCCUUCCCCAAGCGUGUGAAGGUGGUGGAGGUGGGACCGCGCGAUGGGCUCCAGAACGAGAAGAAUGUUGUACCGACACCGGUGAAAAUCAAUUUAAUCAAUAUGCUGUCAGAGACGGGGCUUCAGGUUAUAGAGGCCACCAGCUUUGUUUCCCCCAAGUGGGUUCCUCAGAUGGCUGACCAUACUGAAGUCAUGCAAGGAAUUAACAAGUUGCCUGGUGUCAGUUACCCUGUGCUCACCCCCAACCUGAAGGGAUUUCAGGCAGCGGUGGCAGCAGGAGCCAAAGAAGUGUCGAUCUUUGGAGCAGCGUCUGAGCUCUUCACGAAGAAGAACAUCAACUGUUCCAUCGAGGAGAGUUUGGAGAGGUUUGAUGAAGUGAUGACCGCAGCGAGAGCAGCCAGCAUUCCUGUCCGGGGAUAUGUUUCCUGUGUCCUUGGGUGUCCCUAUGAAGGGAAGAUUUCAGCAGCUAAAGUUGCAGAGGUCUCAAAGAAGAUGUACUCGAUGGGAUGCUACGAGAUCUCCCUGGGUGACACCAUUGGCAUCGGGACCCCAGGGAGCAUGAAGGAGAUGCUGACAGCAGUCAUGAAAGAGGUGCCGGUGGGGGCUCUCGCUGUUCACUGCCAUGAUACCUACGGGCAAGCUCUUGCCAACAUCUUGGUAGCCCUUCAGAUGGGCGUGAGCGUGGUUGAUGCUUCGGUCGCUGGCCUUGGAGGCUGCCCCUACGCCCAAGGAGCAUCAGGAAACGUUGCUACAGAGGACUUGGUGUACAUGCUGAACGGCCUGGGCAUCCAAACCGGUGUGGAUCUGCAGAAGCUGAUGGACACGGGCACGUUUAUUUGCAACGCUCUCAACAGACGAACCAAUUCCAAGGUCUCCCAGGCGUCCUGCAGACUGUGAUACCCAGGGGUGUUUCUCCUGGGAUCAAGAAGGAAGCACGGAUCUGGCGCUGCCCGGGUUUCCCCUCUGAUCCUCAGUUGCCCCUUCCAGGCUCGGCGCUUGAGAGGAAAUGCAUAAUCCACCAGAAUCUUUGAAGAAAUGAAAAAAAAAAAGUAUACUACAUUCAGCCUUGAAGCCGUUUGCCUUAGAGAGGGGAGGAUGAUGAGGGAGAAGCAGCGGCUGCAGCCUUGCCUUCCCCCAGAGAGUCCUGGCUCAGAACAGUGUCUGGUAACUGCUGCCUCCAGAAUGUGUUUCCACAUCUCCCAGCAGAGGAUAAAGCACAGCUCUCCUGGUCACAGCACUUCUCCAGGGCUGGCUCCACUUGUCUUCUCCUCUCUCCUCCCCACAAGAUGUUAAGACUGAAAUCAGAAGGCUCCCUUUCCUCCUUCAAAGGGCAGCCCUGCACCUCCUGUCUUAGCGUUUAGGGCUUGUACUAAAGGACUGUAUCUGUUGUAAGAUACUUCUAAAUACGAGGAGUAAUAAACAUAUUAUUUAAUAAUCUAAACUAUUAGAAAUUAGGUUUAAAUAAACCAGUUAAAA